AAAAUCAACGGCUAGGCUACUACUAGUUGCUGGAUUUGUCGAGGGAAAGAGUGGCUCCGUUCGAGGGAAAGAAAUUAUAAAAUUAGAAUUGACGGCACAUCACCAAAUUCUGAACUCCUCCUCUGAAAAAAGGUCUUUGCUUCCUCAAAAGUUCCAAACCAAUCAAAUAACGAUGGCAUCAUCCAUCUGUUGCACUUCCCCUCUCAUUCAAUCUGAUACUUCAUCUCUCUCAUCAUUUUCUUCAUCUUUUCCAGCUCAGAAACUACUACAAUCUGUUUGUUUUCCAUCAAGUUUGUUGAAAUCUAACCGGAUUUCGUGCCAGGCAUCUGCUUCUGCUUCCGUUUCAUCUUCUGUUAAUGGAAAAGCAAAACUGGGGCUUAAAGACUUUAUUCACAUCAGUGAUUUUGAUAAAGACACUAUCUUUAAGAUCCUGGAUCGUGCAUCUGAGGUCAAGGCGCUACUUAAAUCAGGAGACAGAUCAUUCCAACCUUUUAAAGGGAAGACGAUGGCAAUGAUCUUUGCAAAGCCGUCAAUGAGAACUCGAGUUUCUUUCGAGACAGGGUUCUUCUUGUUAGGUGGACAUGCUAUAUAUUUAGGACCGGAUGAUAUUCAAAUGGGUAAAAGGGAGGAAACACGUGAUGUUGCUCGCGUGCUUUCUGGCUAUAAUGAUAUCAUUAUGGCUCGUUUAUUUGCUCAUCAGGACAUUCUUGAUUUGGCAAAAUACGCUUCUGUACCGGUCAUCAAUGGCCUGACUGAUUACAAUCAUCCUGUUCAAAUUAUGGCCGACGCACUCACUAUAAUUGAACAUGUUGGUCAGCUUGAAGGAACAAAGGUCGUUUAUGUAGGAGAUGGAAACAACAUUGUGCAUUCGUGGCUCUUAUUGGCAUCAGUGGUUCCUUUUCAUUUCGUUUGUGCAUGUCCUAAAGGAUUUGAACCUGAUGAAAAGACUGUUGAGAAGGCACGGGAUGCUGGAAUAAGCAAAAUCGAGAUAACCAAUGAUCCCAAAGAAGCUGUUAAAGGGGCAAAUGUUGUGUACUCUGACGUUUGGGCAAGUAUGGGUCAAAAAGGGGAGGCUGAAUACCGCCGUAAAGUUUUUGAAGGAUUUCAGGUAAAUGAAGAGCUAAUGACACUAGCAGGACCAGAAGCGUAUUUUAUGCACUGCCUACCAGCAGAAAGAGGUGUCGAGGUCACAAAUGGAGUCAUUGAAGCUCCCAACUCCAUCGUCUUUCCACAAGCUGAAAACCGUAUGCAUGCACAGAAUGCUAUAAUGCUUCAUCAAUUUGGUUUGUAACUGUUAGGAAGUGAGGGUAAAUAAUAGCUCAGUUGGUAUUACUAGUCCUAGUGGUAGUAGUGUUUUUUUCUGUAGGGCAGCCAAUUUCUGAUGGUAGACUAAGUCUUAUAUGAUGCUUAGAGCGAAAAACACUAUCCUUUCUCGAUAUCCGUCGUCUACAUUAGGAAUGAAAAACUAGUAGUGGGUACACCAUUGUUUCUUCUUAUCUCCUUCAUGUGGUUAAAGACUGUUACCUCGUGUUUGUACUUGGAAAGUAUUUGUUUAAUGUUUGUUACUCAUGGAAUCACAAUUUGAAUAUUAAUAGGAGGAUCCAAUAACCACACUCUUUCGGUU